ACAUUCCUUCUAUGGUAGUGUGAGGCUCCACAGAUCAUGUGCUACUUGCAUUGCAGGUUCUCACUGUUACCAGCUUGUGAGCGCACAACGACAUGCCUCUAGAGACAGCAUGUGUUCAGGCAGAGGCGGUGUGUGUGAAGACAGAGCCCAAAGAUGUGUGUGUGAAGGAGGAGCGGGAGCGUGAGGACAGUGCCUGGCAAGGAGUGAGCGCAGCAGCCGCAGAGGCUGGACUGUAUAUUGAUCAUGAGGUCAAGGACGAGCUCGUGCUGGGCCCCGAGGAGUAUUUCCGCCCACAAGUGUUUCAAGUGCGUUCGGACAGCAGCGCCGCCCGCGCCAGGGAACAGUGCGCGAUGGCUUGUUCCGUGGUGCUCGAGCGCCUCCGCGACGACGCGACUGUUCACAGAGGACACAAACCAUAUACCUGCGAACACUGUGGAAAACGUUUCAGAAUCAAGUCUAUCUUAAGGAAACAUAUUCAACUCACUCACUUAGCAAUCGGGCCAAAACAAUUUCCUGAUUUUUGUGGUUCUACAUUCGAAUCUGAAUCGCUUGCAAUGGAACACGAGAAAAGAGGACAUGGUGUAACAAAUUGUAUGAGUGCUAAACGUGAGUAUACAACAAAUUGUAAGGAAAGUUUACAGACUCAUUUAAAGAGACACUCGUUUAAAAUUGAUUUACAGAAAUAAAU